AUGAUCAAUGUAGGUCCUCAGAUAGAUACUGAAAUGGUGACCACCCGCGGGGACAUGUUCCAGGUGGAAACAGAAGAUUAUCAGGCUUCUCAACCUAGCCUGCUGGAGAUAACAGCUCAUAGGAGAGACAGUUGGAAGCUUUUGAAUUUUUUGAAACCAAGAGAGGGCCUGGCAUGGCUUUGCUUUGGAGACUUCAAUGAGAUUCUGCACCUACAUAAGAAGCAGGGGGGAGCAGUGAGACCUUACCACCAGAUGGAAGAAUUUAGCAGAAGUUUGAUUGAGUGUGGCCUGAGUGAUAUGGGGUUUGAAGGCAAUAAAUUCACAUGGUGUAAUAAUAGAGAGGGGCCUUUUUUCACCAAGGAAAGACUAGAUCGUGCAUUAGGAAAUUUGGAAUUGACCUUGAACUUCUCUGAAUGUCGCAUCCAGGCUCUAGCAGCACAAUCUUCAGACCAUAGUCCUCUUGUAAUGCAUCUAAAGCAGGGUGGGAGAAGGUAUAUUAGCAACGGGAAUGGGAAGGAGAGAAUCUUCAGAUAUGAAGCCUCAUGGAAAAUGCAUGAAGAUUGCAAUACAAUAGUAACCAACUGCUGGUCCCCUCAACUGCAUCAAAGAGGUUUGCAUAUGUGGUGGUCUCAACAAUGUUUGAGGAAGUGCAAAGAAGGCCUAGUGAAGUGGAGUAAUACCAUCCUUAUACAACAAAGGAAAGUUAUUCAAUCGAAGCUGGCUCAAUUGGCUAUUCUGCAGGAAGACAACACUGGAGCAGACAAUAGUACUAUCAGGGAGCUUCAGCGGGAGCUUGACAAGCUACUUGAAGAAGAAAAUGUCAAAUGGAAGCAAAGAGCUAAGCAAGCUUGGCUUAAAAAUGGAGACAGUAAUUCCAAGUUCUUCCAUAGAUGUGCCAACCAGAGAAGGAAAACUAAUGAGAUCAAUUGCUUGGUUAGGGAAGAUGGUAGCCUGUCCAGGGAUUUAGAGGAAAUUUCUGAGUGUUUUGGGAAUUACUACCAGUCCCUUUUCACUUUAGAUGACCCUGUGGGUAUUGAUGGAUGUAUAGCCAGGCUUGACAGGAAGGUGGACAGGAACAUGAACUCCUUACUGGAUGCAGAUUUCUCAGCUGGUGAGGUGAAAGAAGCUUUGUUUCAGAUGAACCCUCUCAGGUCACCAGGACCAGAUGGAUUCCCUGCUGAAUUCUACCAAGCUCACUGGAAUAUAGUUGGUGAUAAGGUUACUCAAGCUGUUCUAGAGGUCCUCAACUCAGGGGGAGAUAUCAGUGGUAUAAACCAAACUUUUAUAGUGCUCAUUCCCAAGGCUAAAGGACCUAAAACUGUCAAGGAUUUCAGACCUAUCUCGCUGUGCAAUUUGUUAUACAAAGUAGUAUCAAAGGUCCUUUCCAAUAGGCUUAAGUUAAUCCUCCCCCUAAUUGUAUCCCAAACACAAAGUGCUUUUGUCCCCGGGAGAAUGAUCCUUGAUAAUGUAAUUGUUGCUUUUGAAACCAUGCACUCUAUGUCAAUUCGAGGGGGGAGACAACAAAGUCAUAUGGCCAUUAACCUUGAUAUGAGCAAAGCAUAUGACAGGGUUGAGUGGGUCUUCUUACAAGCAGUUAUGGUCAAGCUGGGAUUUUCAGAGAAGUGGAUCAGAUUGGUUAUGGGCUGUGUAACAAGUGUGUCUUACUCUCUGCUCCUUAAUGGGUCCUCACAGGGUUUCUUUAAACCAUCAAGGGGCAUUAGGCAGGGGGAUCCCCUCUCCCCAUACCUUUUCCUGCUAGUGUCUGAGGUGCUUAGCAGUCUCCUUAAUCAUGCUGAAAGGAAUAGAAGAAUUCAUGGCUUUCCUAUAGGUAGGGGGCAGAUUAACAUCAACCACUUGCUCUUUGCAGAUGAUUGCUUGCUGUUUUGUAGAGCAAAAGCUGAGGAAUGGGCCACUAUUAAGUAUCUACUCAGUAUUUACGAAGGGGCCUCGGGUCAGAAGAUCAACAAGGAUAAAACCUCAAUCUACUUCAGUGCCAAUACUAAACCAGAAGCUAAAGACUACAUAUUGGGGUUAGCUGGCACUAGAGCUACCAAGUGCUAUGAGAGGUAUCUUGGUCUGCCUUCUCUGGUAGGUAGAUCAAGGUACAAAGCUUUCAAAAACAUUAUUGACAGAGUUAAAAGUAAAGUGACCAACUGGAAGACAAAGCUCCUCUCACAGGCAGGGAAAGAGGUUCUCCUCAAAGCAGUCAUCCAGGCUCUUCCAACAUAUAGUAUGGGAGUUUUCAAGCUCCCUAAAGUGUUAUUGAUGGAAAUCAACAAGGUGAUGAACCAGUUCUGGUGGGGCAAACAGGAUAAGGGUAAUAAAGUGCAUUGGGUCUCCUGGAGUCAAAUGGGAAAAUCAAAGGAGUCAGGAGGGAUGGGGUUCCGAGACUUUGAGUGUUUCAACACGGCACUCCUGGCUAAGCAAGCAUGGCGCAUCAUCCAGUUCCUUGCAUCUCUGGCCUCCCAAGUCCUCAAGGCAAAAUAUUUCAGGAACUCUAGUUUUCUUCAGGCCAAGUUGGGGGCCAGACCUUCUCUUAUUUGGAGGAGUAUUUAUUCCUCAAGGGCUCUAAUUGAGAAAGGUUCAAUAUGGAGAAUUGGUAAUGGAAAGGAGACUAAAAUAUGGAAGGAUAAAUGGUUACCUCAACCUUCAUGUUUCAUGGUUCAAGGACACGGGCUAAUCAAUGAUGAGGAAGCUAUGGUAGCUGAACUUAUAAAUGAAAACACCAAACAGUGGGACAGGGAAAAGAUCCUAAGAUUGCUUGGACCUUCAAAUGCUGCAGUGAUCCAGAAGAUUCAUGUGAGCACGAGUGGAGCAAGGGAUAGGCUUGUCUGGUUAGGCACUAAGGAUGGUGGUUUCACAGUAAGGAGUGGAUAUCAUUUGCAAAAGGAACUCACAACAGUCAAGGUUUUUCUAUGGAGAGCAUGCUUAGAAUCAUUGCCUACAAUGUCGAACCUCUUCAAGAAGAAGAUUGUGAGCUCUCCUCUUUGCCCAGUUUGCUGCAAUUCUGAUGAGACAACAGGCCACAUUCUGUGGAACUGUCCCUCAGCCAUGGACGUGUGGAGUUAUGGCCCAAAAAGAAUCCAAAAAAGCUCUGUGAGGGCAGAGAGCUUUUUCAAGAUCAUUGAGGAGCUAAGGGACCUAUGUGACAUACAAACAUUGGGGGCUUUUGCUAUGACAGCAAGGGAUAUCUGGCAAAGAAGAAACAAGCUGGUUUUUGAGGGAUCCUUUCUACAUCCUAGACUUCUAGCACAGAGGGCUGCCCAUCAACUGGAGGACUUUAAACUGGCUCAGGUGGUUCCAAUGCCUGACUCCUGCUUGCACACCAACCAGGCAUCCAUAUGGUCUCCUCCUCCAGAGGGAACUGUAAAGGUAAAUUGGGAUGUACCCGUGAGUGAAGCACGUGACAGGGUGGGGAUUGGUCUGAUAGCUCGGCAUCAUAGGGGUAAUGUGAUUGCUGUAAAGAGGGUAGCAAGGGAAGGCUGUGUUGCUCCUUUGCUGGCAGAGGCUAUGGGAGGACUUCAUGUAGCUAUGUUUGCAUCCGAGCUCAACCUGUCCUCAGUGGUAUUGGAGGGUGAUUCUCUGCAGGUGGUCCAGGGUCUUAGCCUUCACAGGGAGAGGUGGGAUAGUGUGGGCUUGGAUACAAAGAUCAAUGGUACAAAAUCCAUGAAGUAUCACACUGAAAAGCAAUGUCUGUUUAAGAAUACGGAUAAGUCACAGACGACUCUAGGUUGGAAGGUGGAUGAAGGUAGUGGUAAUGGGAGACUUGUGCCUAUUACAUUUAGUGUUGAGGCUUGCCGACAAGUCUUAACAGAGAUGAUUAUUGUUGAUGAGAUGCCCUUUAGGGUUGGAAAAUUUAGAAAAGCUUUUGAUUGCUUGUGGAAAGAAGAUGGGGGCUUUUUAGGUAGUAUUAGAGAUGAUAAUGAUGAAGGGUGUGAAGAAGGAAGCCCCGUGGUGGGAUUAAUGGCCACAAAUAUGAAGCAGAAGUUUGACAAGUAUUGGGAGAACAUGGAUAAUCAGAAUAUGUUAAUCUACGUUGGGAUUAUUCGUGAUCCUCGCUACAAGAUGCGAUAUCUUGACUUUGGGUUGAGAAAAAUGAAUGCAAAUGAUCCUACAAAAACCAUUGAUUUGAGUUGGAGGGUGAAAAAUGCAUUUAUCCGCAUGUAUGAGGCAUACAUCUAA